AUGUCCUUGGUAUCUCAUGACUUGGCUAACCCUCCAGCUGUUUACAAAAACAGUACUGUUUUGUUUUCCUACCAUGUGAAAAAGGUGACCCUUAAACCAUGGGUUGCCAAAUACCUGGAUUCAGUUCCUUUGAAGUUAAAAUGGGAGCUUGAGUCUCCAGAAGGUGAUUUGGUGCCGGAGCCUCAGCUCCCCAGUCUUAUUACGAAGUGGGAGUCAGAUAGCUUUAAGCUCGAGGGGACCCAGGCCUCAAAUGUCGACACUAUCUUCUUACUGGCCCAGACUGUACGGGAAAGCGACAAUCUGAUCUUGAACGGGAGCAAUUUGAAAGUGUCGCUCGUGAUCGAUAACUCGACCAACGUGGUGGUCGGAACGUGCACGUGCAACUUGGAAGAGUUCAAGGUCCGUUCCAGGUUUCACCCUCAUUCGUUCGAGUUGAUGAACGAGAGUAAGAUGUUUAUUGGCUACGUAGAUAUAUUUUACGUCUCACAGCAAAGGUGGGUGAGGAUCAACAAGGCCUCGCUGCCCAUGAUAAACAAGAAGGAAACGGAGUACAACUCGAGUCCAGAGUCGAGUUUAAACACGAGUUCAGCGUCGGGGCGAAGGACUGAGGAUGGGACGACGCUGAGCUGCUCCUCCUACGGAGACACAGAGACGCCGUUUUCCUCAGUCAACUCCCCCAGGGAGGACUACGUUUUAAUCUUCUGGAACUCAACCAACACUUGCUUCGUCAAGAGCAACCCUAACGACGUGCAGUUGCAGCUGCUGUUCAUGUUUAUUAAGACCUGCUUGAUCGACGGGGACUCGCCGAACUCGUCGAUCCCAUUCGAACUCGGGGACAUAAGGCCGGAGGAGCCCUUCGAGGUCCUGAAGAAGUUCUCGUCCAUGAAGCAGCUUUCCUACAAGGACGCAAAGCACCUGAUGCACAUUCCACACUCGCAGAGGACCUCGUCGAACAAGUCGAGUUCAGAAAAUAACAUAUUCACCCUGGAGGACGACGAGAAGAUGUCGACCACCGAUGAAUCAAACUUUGAAAUACAGCACAGCUCGAGGCUGUACACAGAGUCGGUGCCGAGCACCCAGAGGAUGCUGAGCGGCGUCGACAUAAAUGACCCUGCCUCCUUCUACAACUUUAUUUCGAAGCAGAACAAGCACUUUCAGACGCUGCUGUCGAAGCGCUUUCUGUCGCCGACCUCAAGUUUGAACACCACGACAAGUUCAGUAUCGAACAAGUUUACAUCCCAGGCGAGCAAGAAGACGAGGUACCUGAGUCAGAGCCAGUCGUUCGAUGACGAAAGCACGAGGUACAACAGCCUCCCGACGUACUCGAAGUCGAUUGAAACAGUCGCCUCCUACGCGGACAUAACGCAGAAGACGACGAACACCAUGACCACGGGCCUGGUUUCGUACAGAAACGAGGGCGCAGCGACAGUCGACGAGGAGUCGCUCACUAUCGGCGACGCAACCGCAACGACCACAAAGACCCUCAACACCAACAGGACCUUUCAGGACAAGUAUAAACAGAACACCACUAAGACGAAUUUGUACGAUAUCGAUGAGAACGCGGCCAACGUGUACAUGAAGGACAGGGACGUGCCGACCAUUGGCAACGGCAACGUCACCAGUGCUGCCGAGCAAGAGAAAGCACAAGAGAGUGCCGACGCUGUGGAGAAGCCUGAUCAAGUCAAAUCAGUUCAGCAGGCUGAGGCUUCGGAAUCCUCCGUCGAGUCUGAGCAGGAAAAGGCGGAGAGUGCCGACGGAAGCAGCUACGCGACUAAGAAGUCAGAUGCCAGCUUUGUGACGCCCACCAAGAGCUCAAUAACCGUCUACAGCAUCUACAGCCCCAGGGACUACAUCGAGGGCCUCUCUGCGGCCAGCGAGUCCGCCGACGACACCGACGUGGGCUCAGAGUCGGCCUCGAGGACCUCAGAGUCGCCCUCUAACACGAAGCCGGCCUUCUACGACAAGUACUUCUUCGGCGAGGACAAGAAGCCGGACGGACAGGCCAAGUACGCCUACUACGGCUCCGACUCCGAGAUCGACGCCGCGGGCCUGCUCGCCGGCUACAGGCAGACUGAGGACCUGCAGGUGAACCGGGCGCUCCACUGCGAGAGGUCGCUGCUGAACUUUGAGACGAUCUCCAAGGACCUGCAGACCAUCGGCGAGCUCAAGUCGGCCGCAGACCCCGAGCUCGGCUCCUUCGACAGCGCGCUCAUCUUCAAGGCUCUGCAGGACGCGCAGAUCCUGAGGGUGCAGGGGCAGACGCUGCCGACCUCGGCCUACCUCAAGUUCUUCCUGCGGUACCUGCGCUGCUACAACCAGAAGCGCGUGCCCAUCGUGGUGUACCUGCAGAUCAUCACCUUCAAGCAGCUGGACACUAUGAAGCGCAUAUCCAGCUCCUCCUCGGAGAUCCUCAGGUUCAUCAACGUCGCACUCGAGGCGCUGAUUUACGAGCUCCAGGUCUCCACGAGCAUGAACUUGGGCGGCCCCGAGGGCGCGCGCGGCCUUCUGUUUCAGCGCUCCGCGUCCUUCAACGGCAAGGCUGAGAGCGACGAGGAGACUGACCUCUUCAUGUUCGACUCUGAGAACGACCGGGUCGACUUCGCCGAGUUUGAGACCAACAGCGCCUUUUCCGGCGACGAGUACGUCGUCUUCCAGAACAUUCUUGCCAAGAUUUCCGAGGAGGCCCACUCUCUCGACACCCGGAGCCUCGUCUACGUCUCCAGGCUCAACUCUCCGCCCGUGAAGAACCGCGGCUGCAUCUUCAGGAUUAACGCCCUCAAGGUCGUCUUCUAUCGCACCUUUUGCGGCCGCAGGAAGCUUCUGUCGAACGGCCACACUCUUAAGCUGUGA